AUGAAAGAGAAAGAAGUGGAUAAUUUAUUUCCAGGGGACAAAGAUGUUACGAAUUUAAAACAAUACUUCGAAGGUGGUGAUAUAAAAUUUGAGAACGCAGAAUUAAAAAAGGAAAGAGAAGAAAUACGUAAGAAUAAGGUGUUUAUAGAAUGUGUACAGAAUAUUUGGAUGAAUAUUUUGAAUAAGAAGAUGGAUGAUAAAUUUAGUAAAGUUGAAUACUUUAAAAUAAUGUUAAGAAUAUGUAAAGUAUUAAUUCCUCAAUUUGAUAUAAAAGAAAUAAUAAAAAUUGUAAAUGAUGAAUGGAUAAAUGAUUCUGAAGGAAAGAAAUAUUUGAAUUUUUCUUCUUUUUUUAAUGCAUUUUUUGAAUUAUCCGAUAUAUGGACACCAACAAUAAAUGCAUAUGAUUAUGCUCAUUUUUUAAAAUCUUUAUUUUACAGGAUAACGUAUAUAGAAAUUAAAACAAAAGAUGGUCGGAUAAUCAAAAAGAAACCAAUGAUAAUGAUAAAUUUCAAGAGAACAGCUGAAAACAAAAAACUAUCUCUUUAUAAUGAUACAAAUAUUAUUGAGAAACAUGUAAUAAAAGAAAAGAAUAAAAACACACUAAAGAAUUUGCAGUCAUUCAAAAGAAGUUCUAUGCAAAUUCAAAAUUUAAAAAAAAAACAUUUUAUAAAAAGAUUCAGUGAAAAUUAUAAAUUAGAAAAUUCAUUUUUAUAUGACAUGGAUGAUGAUGGUGAUAACUCUUUAAUACCUAAAAAUUUGUUUGAAAAUUUAUUAAACAAUAAACAACAUAAUGAUUAUUUACAGAGGAAUAUUAUACUUAUGGAUGUUAAUGACAUCAACCCUUUGGAACAUCCUGAUGAGCAAAACCAAAGUUUAAAUAAAAAUAAAUGUCUUACUGGGACAAACAAAAAGGAAAAAUAUAUGAUACCUAAAGGUACAGAAUAUCAAGAUAAGGAAAAAGAAAGCUCCAUUCUUACGAUUAAUCAAAAUGAUAAAAAAUAUAAGAAAAAAAAAAAAAAAUAUUCAGAAUUACAAGAUUCUAAUAUAAGUAGUAAUAAUACCCUAACAUCUAAGAGAUACACGUAUACAUGUGGUAUGGAUAAAGAAACUAAAGAAACAGAUGAACAGAACAAAAGGAGAAAUACAGAAGUUGCUUCUAUAUGUAAUGUGUGUAAUGUAGAAACAAAUGAGAAGCAGAGAAAAAAAACAAACAAAAAAAAAAGUGUGCAAAAAGAUGAUCUGGUUGAAGAGAAUGCUUUAUUAGAUAAUUUAAUAAUAAUCGAUGGAAUAAAUUUUGAUGAUGUUACUAAGGAGUGUAAAAUAAUUGAUGAUAAUAAUAAUGAAAAUAUUGACAACAAUAUCUAUGUUGAAAAUAACAAAUUGAAGGACCAAAAAUCGUAUGAUUUGUUUUCUUCUGAAGGGAAAAAUCUUAUACUAGGGGUAAAUGAAGGAGAAGAAUUCAAUGAAGAGGUUUUUGAAAAUAUCGAAAAAGAAUUACAAGAAAGAAAAGAUGAAAAGAAUAAAAAUGAUAAAACAAUAUAUAAUAAUAAUGAAGAGCAAACCGACGAUUUAAAUAGAAACAUUAAUAAAAUUGAAAGUAUAAAUAAUAAUAAUGAUAAUAAUAAUAAUAUUAACAACAAAAAAGAGUUCAAUAAAAUAAGAACAGAACAUAUCUUAAAUAAAGAAAGCAUCUCAAAACAUAUUAAAGGUAGUCCAAGCAGGGAUAAAGAAAUAAAAAAAUUAUACACAACAAACAAAAAUGAAGAUAGCACAUUCGAAUUAAAAAAAGAAUUAGAAAUUAUAACAAAUAAUAAAGUAAAUGUAUAUGAAGAAGAUAUUAUUGGAUCUAAUGAGGAUGAUGAAUAUAUACAUGUUUUGAAAGAAAACUUGAAAGAAGAUGCAAAUGAAUAUAAUAAUGAUAAAGAAAAUAAAAAUAACAAAACAAAAGAAAUACUUAAGAGCAAAAAUUAUCUAGAAAAUGAAAAAAGGACUCUAGAAGAAUUGAAAUUAAGAGGUAAAAAUAAUAUAUUUAAAAAAGAUGAAAAAUAUAAUUCUUUGGGAGAAGUAAUAAUUAAUGAAAUUCAAAUAAAUGAAGAAAAUAAAAUUAACGACAUACAAGAUGGAAAUAUAUCCAAACAAAAAAUAAUACAAAGUUCUUCAAGGACAAAUGAUACAUUCAACAUAAAGGAUAUUUCAUUGAACGAUGAUUUGGAAAAAGAAAAGAGGAAAAAAAAAAGUCAACAUUUUAUAGAUAAUUUGGUGAAGGCAGAUAAAAAUGAAAUAUCUGAAAAUAUAAACAAAAUAUGUGAUAACAAUAUAAAUAAUAUAUAUGACGAAAGUAUAAAUAAUAUUUAUGACGAAAGUAUAAAUAAUAUAUAUGACGAAAGUAUAAAUAAUAUUUAUGACGAAAGUAUAAAUAAUAUUUAUGACGAAAAUAUAAAUAAUAUUUAUGACGAAAAUAUAAAUAAUAUUUAUGACGAAAAUAUAAAUAAUAUUUAUGACGAAGGUAUAAACAAAAUAUGUGACGAUAAUAUCCUUGAAAAUAAAAACAUAAAAACAACAAAUGACAUUGUACAAGUUGAAGAGAAUAACGAAUCAAUAGAAAAAAACGAACUAAUGAUUUCCCUAAAUAAAGAUAUAAACAACACAUAUAAUAUGUUCAAAGAAAAUGUAGAUAUUUUUAUUAAUAAAAUUAAAAGAGAAAGUCUUUUAAAAAUAGAUAAAAAUAUAAAAGAUAAUAAUAAUGAUGAUGAAUAUAUAAUGGACAACUUUUAUGAAAACGAUUUUAUAAUUAAUCAUAAAAUGGAAAUAACAAAUAAAGAGCUAGAUCCACUUGAAAUAAAUACACAAAAUGAGUUCAUAGAAAAUCUAGAUAUUAAAAAGAAAAAAUAUACAAAUGAUCAUUUCUUUAAUGAUGCUGAUAAAAUGUUUUAUGAAAUGAAUAAAAUAUUGAAUAAAGAUAUGAAGAAAAAUAAAGAACAAGAAUUUUUUAAAACCGAUGAAACAUUUGGGUCUUUACAAUCACACAAAAUAAAAAAGUAUAACAAGGGAGAAGAGAAACAUGAUAAAAAUAAUGAAGAAGAAAAAAAUAUAUUAUAUGAUGAGAAUCAAGUUUAUAGCGUCUUAUAUUCUGAUCAUAAAAUAGAACAAGACAUACAAGACAUACACAGCAUUCAAACGAAUAUAUGUGAUGAAAACAAUAUUGAACAAAUAAAUGAAGAGAACAGCAAAAAAGGUGUUAGAAUAAGUGGCACGGAUAUGGAAAACAAAAAUGAUAUGGAAAACAAAAAUGAUAUGGAAAAAAAAAAUGAUAUGGAAAAAAAAAAUGAUAUAGAAAAAAAAAAUGAUAUGGAAAAAAAAAAUGAUAUGGAAAAAAAAAAUGAUAUGGAAAAAAAAAAUGAUAUGGAAAAAAAAAAUGAUAUGGAAAAUGAAAAUAAUAUGGAAAACAAAAGUGAUAUUGAAAAUGAAAAUAAAAUGAAUGAAUAUAAAAAUAAUAUGAAGAAUGAAAAUAAAAUGAUUGAAAAUAAUACGAUUGAAAAUAAUAUGAUUGAAAAUAAUAUGAUUGAAAAUAAUAUGAUUGAAAAUAAUAUGAUUGAAAAUAAUAUGAUUGAAAAUAAUAUGAUUGAAAAUAAUAUGAUUGAAAAUAAUAUGAUUGAAAAUAAUACAAAGAUUGCAUAUAAUAUGAAUGAAAAUAAAAAUAAUAUAAAAAUUGAAGAUGAUGCGAAAAAUCAGAUUAAUGUUCAAAAUAAUAUUCAAAACAAAGUACACGUCAAGGAUAAGAAAAAUGAUUUGAUAAACAAUGUAGAUAUAAUUAAUGAUGUUUUAAAAAGUGACGAUAAAUUUGAGAAUAUGAUAAAUUCAAAAGAAAUAAAUAUUAAAGAUUUCAAGUGUGUAGACAAAAAUAAUGAUAUAUGUCUUAAUUUGAAUGAAUUAAAUAAGCAAUCAUAUAACUCAAAUACUACAGAAAAGUGCAUUGAUAUACAUGAUUUUGAUUAUGUAGAAAACAAAGAUGUGCACGACAAAAUACAUGAGGAUAGAAAAGAAUAUUGUGAUGAAAGUAAAUUAAAAUAUUUACCAGCAGAUGAUAUAAAAAAAAUGAGAAGUUUUAUAAAAAUAAAUAAAAAAAGUAAAAGAGAGAAUUUUUUAAUCAUAUCAUAUAUGAAUGAAGAAAUAUAUUUUUUAAUAAAAAAAUUAAAAGUAGAAAUUAUAGAGCCUUCCAUAAUAUUAAACAAAAAUAUGCAUAUAGAAAAACAAUUCUUAUCACCUUUAGGGAAAUAUAUAAAUGAUAAUUUAAAAGAAGGAAAAUGUAUCUCAUCAAAAAUUAUAAUUGAUUUAAUGUUAGAAUAUAUGAAUACUAUAAUAUCAAAAAAUAAUGGAUAUGUAUUAUAUUUUAAUAACUAUAAUAUUUUACAACAUCUAGAUUAUUUUCUUCAUAAAUUAAAAGGAUUAUCUACUAUCAAAUAUAUUAAUUAUGUACAUUUUUUAAAUAUUAACUUUUUGAAAAAUGUAAAUGAUCAAAAGGAUGUAAAUAUAUAUGACUAUUUAUUAGAUGAUCAAAAAAUAAUAGUGUCAAAUCCGUUCAAGGGGAUGUUCCCAAAAUUUUGUCUUAUCUUAAAAAAGCACAACAUUGUUAGCAUUCAUAGUGGUAAACAUUUUAAUCCACAAAAAAUUUAUCGACGUCUACUUUCAAAAUUUAAUGAUAAACAAAUAGAUUCUUCCAACAAUGUAAAGGAAGAAGUCGAAGAAAAACAUAGUGAGCUUUUUGCAUGGGAUAAAAAUGAAGAAAAGUAUAAAAAUGUAAAAGAAAAUCAAGAGGAAAAUGAUCACAAAAGUGUAUGUUCUGAUGAAUAUUAUUUGAGUAUUAGUAGUGAAGGGAAAUAUAAUUAUGAUGGAGAAGAUGAACAAGAUGAACAAGAUGAACAAGAUGAACAAGAUGAACAAGAUGAACAAGAAGAAGAAGAUGAACAAGAAGAAGAAGAUGAACAAGAAGAAGAAGAUGAACAAGAAGAAGAAGAUGACGAAGAUGAUGAAGAUGAUGAAGAAGAAGAUGACGAAGAUGAUGAUAAUGAUAACGAUGACGAUGACGAAGAUGAUAAUGAUAACGAUGACGAUGAUGACGAUGAAUAUGAUGAUCAUUACGAUAAACCAAGUGAUGACGCAACUCAAAAUAUUUCGAUUAAUAUAAACAAGAGUAUCAUCGAAGAAAUAAAUAAUUAUGAAAACACCAAUAAAAAUGAUAAGAAUAAACAUACGGAUGAAUCUUAUUACAAUUUAAUGAAUAAAGAAAUAAAUUUUAUUUAUAAAUGCACGAGUCCAGAUAAAUAUUACAAAAAUUAUUAUAAUAAUUUAAAAAAAUAUUGUGAUGAUAUGGAACAUGAAAAGGACUUAUCAAUGUUGAUAAAACAUUUAAGUGUUUUAUUAAAAGAUGAAAAGGAAAAUAUAAAAAAUAAUGAAGGAGGAGAAGAAAGUAUAGAUAAUAUAUUGAUAGAUAAAAAUAUGAAAUCAGACCAAGAAUAUAAUGAAAAUGAAAAAGAUCAUUUGAAUAAUAUAGAAUAUAUUGAAAACCUUUCAGAACAUUUAAGACAUAAAUAUGAUAUAGAAAUGAUACCUAUAGAUAUUGUUGGUAAUAUUAGAUUGUAUAAAUUAUUUUAUAUUAAUAUGAUAAAAAAUAAUUACUCUUAUUAUUUAAAAAAUAAUUUCUUCCCAUAUAAAUAUAAGGGUAAAAGAGGAAAAGCAAAAAAAGGAAUGUUGAUGAUAAAUAUAAAGAGAAAGCACGAAUAUGACAAUUUAAUGAAAAAAAAAAAUGGAAAUGAGAAAACAGGAAAUAAUAAUAAAAAAAAAAAUAAUAAGGAAGAUAAAAAUGAUUAUAUAAAUAAUAAUAAUAAUAAUAAUAAUAAUAAUAAUAAUGAUAACAAUAUUAAUGUUGGAUAUAAAAGAAUGCAAAACAAUAUCAAUCCAAAUAAUUUGUAUGAAAUAAAAAAUAAUAAUUUUAAUUUAUAUCAUAGAUACUGGAGUUUAUUUUAUAAAUAUUGUCCAGUGUCUUAUAUAAAUGACAAUAAAAUUAUAGAGGGGAAGAAAAAGUUCUGUGUUAUUUAUAAAAAUAAAAUAUAUAUGUUAAAUAAUCAUGAUUAUAUGAUUGAAUUUUUAAAACAUCCUAAAUUUUAUGCUAGCAAAAAAGUUAAAGAAUCAGUUUGUUUUUCUCUGGUAAUAUAUUUUCCUAAUAUGGAUAUUCAAAAAAAAAUCAUUUAUUUAUUGGAAACAUAUGAAAAAUUAAUACAUAUAGAUAUAGGAAAAUAUUUCAAACAAUAUUUUUUCUUAUCACACCAAGAUAAGGAACAACAUAAGAACAACAUGAAGAGUAAUAAUAAUGACGAUGAUGUAGAUAACAAAAUAGAGGAUGCACACAUUUUUGAAAUACAUCGUAUUAUUGAAGGGAAAACUAUAUCCCCUUUAUUUAUUGUUAGAUAUAUAUGUAUACAUAUGAAGAAAAUACAUCAAUUUAAUAUAUACAUAAUAAAAGAAAUUAUUAAAUCUAUUAUUAAACUUAAACAUAAUUUCAAUCUACUCAUUAUGAAAAAAAAAAAUAUAUUAAUAAAUCAAUGUGAAAUUAAAAAGAAAAUGAAAAGAAAAAAAAAAAUGAAAAAAAAAAAAAAGAAAAAAAUACCAGAAAAAAAAAAACUUGUCAAUAAUGAAAAAAAAAAUCUAUUAUUUCUUUUUUCAAGCAUUAUGAAAAUAAAAUUUUUGUAUAACUUAAUAAUUAUUAAACAAAAAAAUAUAAAAAAUGUUUCUUUUAAAAAUGUGUUAGACAAGCUGUCGCAUAUAACUAAUAUUAAGGACAUGGCGAAGGAUAUAAACUUAUUACUAGUCUUGAUAGAAGACAUGUUUUUCAGAGAAAAGCGAAAGUAUUUAAAUAAAGUUGAAAGGAGGGAUAAUAUAUUAUUAAGCGUUAAAAAAAGUGGCAGCACAUGUCACACGGAUUAUAAUAAUAAUGAAGAUAAUGAAGAUAAUGAAAAUAAUGAAGAUAAUGAAAAUAAUGAAAAUAAAGAAAAUAAUGAAGAUAACAAAAUGAGGGAUGAUUCUUAUUAUGUGGGGGAACGAGAAAGCAGGCAAAGGUAUAUUAUCACCGGACUUCCAUUACAUAGUAAAAUAUUUUUUUACUUAAAAUGUAUGAAUAUUUCCAUUGAUCAUGUGAUAUCAUUUGAUAUUAUAAAAAAGGAAAUGAAUAAAGAUGAAGAAAAUGAAGAUAAAGGAGAUGGUGAUGAUUUUUAUGGUGAUGAUUUUUAUGGUGAUGAAAAAGAAAGUGGUAAAAGAAAUACGAAUUUUAAAAACCUUUCCCAAUAUUAUUAUAAUGAUAAAAUGAAUGAAGAAGAUACAUACGAAUUGUACAAAAAGUAUGUGUCUUAUAAUACAUAUAAUGAUAAUAUAUAUCAUAUGAAUAUACUUAAUGAUUAUAAAAAAAAAAAAUAUGAUAUAAAAAUUAUACCAUUUGAUGAAGAUGAAAAAAAAAGUAUAUAUUUUUAUUUAAAUGAAAUAAGAAAAAUUAUAAAUCCAUAUGUUCAUUCAUAUUAUAAUUAUAAUGAUAUAUUAAAAAAUAGAAUAUGUUGUAAACAAUUAAAUAAUUCAUAUAUUAAUGUAUAUUGUCCUUAUGUUUUAAAAAAACAUAAUUGGUUAUAUAAAAGUAUAGAUAAUAUAAAAUUAGUUUAUGACGAAAAAGUAUAUUAUCUUUCAAAUCUUUAUCAUGCUUUUAUUUUCAGCAAGAAUAUAAAAUAUUAUCAACAUAAUUUUAAUAUCCCACCAUUAAGAUUAUUAUUUUUAUAUGAUGUUCCAUAUAAAUUUAAUAAAGAUAUCAAAAAAAAUAUGGUUCGUAAGUUUUUCUUUAAAUAUAUAAAUCUAGAAAAAGAAUGUAUUAUAUAUAUUAAAUAUGUGUUUAUUUAUUUGUUAAAAUAUAUCUUUUUAUUUAAAAUAUAUAAAUAUGAUUACAAGAAAAAAACAAAUAUUGAUAUAAAAAAUUUCUCUAUUAAUUCUAUACCUAUUAAGAAUCUUCUUGAAAAAAAAUAUAUUUAUUAUCUAUAUAGAGAAGAUAUAAUAUAUCUUGAAAAUAAUAUUAAUCAGAUAAAUGUAUAUGAACAAAAUAAUCACUUUAAUGAAUUUCAUAUCUACGAUUUAUUAUUUCAAAUAAUCAAACCUUUUAAUGUAUUUUUAAAUAUUAUUAAAAUAUUGACAAUUAGAUAUAUCUUGCAUGAGCAUUUACAAAAUUGUAUCAUAACAUAUAACACAUUUCAACACAGUAUAUUUAAUAUAACAGAUGUCAAUUCAUUAAAAUAUGUUAUACAAAAAUAUAGGCAAAAAAAAUAUAAUAAGGAUCAUUCGAGUAAACAAAAAGAGGACAUAUUUAAAGGUUCUAAUCAAAAUGAACUAUUAACAAAUGAAAAAGAUACGGGGGAAAAAAAACAAAAUUUAAUUCAUCAAGAUGAUCAUUUGAAAAACAGAAAAAAUAAAAAUCAUGUAGAUGAAUAUAUAAAUAAUUAUAAUAUUAACGAAAAAGAUAAACAGGAUCCAAAUAAAAAUACUUCAAAUCAAAAUGAUACAUAUCUUGUAACCAAUCAAAUAACAAUUAAUUCGUUUGGUUAUGAUGAUGAUAAUAAUAGUGAUAGUAUUUAUUCAAAUGAAUAUAAUGAAUCAUCCGAUUUUACAGAAAAUUGCUUUGCUUAUAAUAAAGAUAAUAUAAAUCUUGCACAUCUACAAAAAAUGUUCUGCAAAAAAUAUGAAAAAAAUAUUUUAAAUAGUAAAUAUAAAUUCUUAGAAAAUAAUCUCUUGAAUAAUAUUCAAAAGGUUUUAAAAUACGCUUUUAGGGUACCUGAAUAUGUUAUUUAUUUGGGGUGCACGUCUCCAAAAAAAUUAUUGGAUAGAAUGAAAAAAGUAAAGAAUGUUGAACAAAUAAAAAACAGUGAACAUACAAAUCAUGUAACGAAUUCAAAAGGUGAUGGAAGAAAAAAUCCAAAUGAUGCUUCUCAAGAGUAUAGAAACAAAGAAAAUCAGAUAAAAAUUCCUAAUAUUGAUAAGAAGAAUGUAGAUAAUAAUGAUAAAGUAGAAAAGGAUAAUUUAUUAGAUGAUAUAAAAAAAUGUUCCUUAAAAAAUAAAAAGAUUAUUGAAUAUCUUAAAAAAUAUAGUAAUAUAUGGUAUAUUGAUAUUGAAAAAUAUCAUAGUAAAAGUAUUAAAAUGUUGAUAGAAAAAAGGUUGAAUGAUAUAUUGAGAUAUAGACAAAAUUUAUAUCAUCAAUUAAAUAUGAAAAGGAUAGAUAAAAUAUGUGCUCAAUUUUUAAGAGAUAAUAAUUAUAUAAAAUUUUCAAAUUUUUAUUUUUAUUGUCCUGUUGAUAUAGAUAAUAUUGUAGAUAUAGAUACCGAGUUUUUAAUUUUGUAUAAUCGUUAUUUAUUUUAUUUCAGAACACUUGAACAAAUUAAUGAAUUUGUUAAAAAUCCAACAUUUUAUUUAAAACAAUUAAAACCAAAUCCUUCUUUUGUUUUACCAUUUAUUUUUGUAUAUUCUUGUAUAGAAAUUGAAAAUUUACAUAAUGAAUUACAUAAAAGUACAAAAUGUGUGGUUAUUAAUAGAGAACAUUUAUUAUCCUUUGGAAAUAAAAUAAAAAAAUAUGAGAAAUAUAUACAAACAAAUAAUAUAGAUGAUAAUAUAUUAAUGGAAAUACUUCAUGUCAGAUUAAAUCAAUAUGAUAUUUUAUCACAUGGUUGUAUAUUAUAUAAUAUACCUUAUAAUAAAAAUCAGUUAUAUUUUCUUUUACAUAACGCAAAAAAAAAAAAAUAUGUACCUCAUUUAAUAUUUAUUAUAAAAAAUCAUGAUAAUAAAAAAACUAAUUAUGAAAUUAUUAAUAAUUACAAUGAUAAAUGUAUCACAAAUGAUAUGAACGUAAAACAAAAUGUUAACCAUAAUAAUAUUAAUAGUCCUAAUGAUAAAGAUAAUAUACAUAUGAUUAAUGAUGAAUAUAAAAAAAAAAAAUAUAUAAACACGUCCUUUACAUUAUUAUCAAAAAAAAAAAAUAAAGAAGAUUCAUAUUGUAAUUUAUUACAAUUUAUAUCUAUUAUAGAACAAGAAUUUCAAGAAAAAAAGUAUAAGAACAUAAUUUAUAUUGAAUAUAGUAAUUUGUGGAAAAUGAAAUGUAAAAUAACUGACGAUAUUGAAGAAAAAAUUAAAUCAUAUCAAAAAUAUAAUAGAUAUAAAUAUAAUAAUAAACCAGCAUAUUUUAAAGGUUAUAAUAUAUAUGAAAAAGCAAAUUAUGAACAAGAAAUACAAUUCAACAAUUAUUGUUUAGUUACUUAUAAAAAAAAACAAAUUCUAUUAAAAUGUAAUAUAUAUGAUAAUUAUACUAUAUGUCAUAAUAAUUCUUUUUAUUUAGUUAAUAGUUAUGAUGAUGUAAUUAGUUUUGAAAAAAAUCCAACUGAAUAUAUAAAUGUAGAUGAUUCAUCAUUUAAAAAAUUGGAACAAAUUAAUAACUUUGAUACUUAUAAUAAUAAUAAUAAUAAUAAUAUACCAAUUGAAAAUGAAGGAUUUUGUUUAGUCUCCUUAAACGAUGAAGGCCAAUUUAUUAAAGGAGAUAAAAGUUGUUGUAUUAAAUAUGAUAAUAAAUAUUAUAUAUUUCAAAAUAAAGAAAAAAUGCAAACAUUUAUAAAUAAUUAUAAUGAUUAUCUAAAUAAUCAAAAUAUUUUCGAUAUCAUUCUAAAUCAAUUAAAAAAUAAAAAUGAUCUUAAUACAUUAAUAUAUUUAAAAACAUAUUUAUAUGAAAUUUUAUGUCAUGCUCUAUAUGAAUUAGGAAAACACAGACCUAUUUAUCCUGGAUUAACAAUUCAAUUAAGUGCAAUCAAAUUCUUGGCAUUAUUUUUUUAUAAAGAAAAUAAAUUAUUUUCUAUACCUCUAAGAAAAACAUAUGAACAAAAUUAUCAAACCUUCUUAACAGAUUGUGAUAUACCAAUACAUAUACAAAAAUUAAAACAAAAAUUCAAAAAUAAUUCUACAAACAAAAAUCAAACCAUAAACACACCUGUCAAUAACUGGACCAAAAGGGAUAUCGAAAAGUAUCAUAAAUAUAUUAAUUUGUAUGACAAAAUUUUGUAUUCCCAAACAAUAACAAAUAAAACAAAGCAAAAAAAAAUAAAAUAUACAUAA